CCAGUACCUAAGAUGGCCGCCGGCCCACCCACCGUCGCGAUCAAUGUGAGGAAAGUGUCGCGAACCCGGAAUCGCCCGACUCCGUCAUGGCAGGCGCCGGGGGCGUGGCUUCCUGCCGCCACAGUUUGCGAGUCGCCGCGGCGGGGUCGAGCGGGGGCGGCAGCUGACAGGCGCUCCUCGCCCGACGGCCGCGGCUGGUGCCCAGCGAGGCGGGCGGCCCCCAGCUCGCGUCCCCGCGUCCUAGCCUGCGAGGCGCUAGGGCUGCGCCUGGGCAUGGAAGAGGGGAAGAUGGACGAGAAUGAAUGGGGGUACCACGGAGAGGGCAAUAAGAGCCUGGUGGUGGCCCACGCGCAGCAGCGCUGCGUUGUGCUGCGGUUUCUGAAGUUUCCUCCAAAUAGGAAGAAGACCUCGGAAGAGAUAUUUCAACACCUGCAGAACAUAGUGGACUUUGGCAAAAAUGUCAUGAAGGAGUUUUUGGGGGAGAGCUAUGUUCAUUGUGGGGAAGUCGUUCAGCUACCUUUAGAGUUUGUGAAACAGCUUUGUUUAAAGAUACAAUCUGAAAGACCAGAGUCUCGCUGUGACAAGGACCUGGAUACUCUCAGUGGUUACGCUAUGUGCCUUCCUAAUUUAACCAGACUCCAAACCUACCGCUUUGCAGAGCACCGGCCGAUUCUGUGUGUAGAGAUUAAGCCAAAAUGUGGGUUUAUUCCUUUCUCGAGUGAUGUCACGCAUGAGAUGAAGCAUAAGGUCUGUCGAUACUGCAUGCACCAGCACCUCAAGGUAGCAACUGGGAAGUGGAAGCAGAUCAGCAGAUACUGUCCCCUUGAUCUCUACUCAGGAAACAAACAGAGAAUGCACUUUGCCUUGAAGAGUUUGCUGCAGGAGGCACAGAACAACUUGAAGAUAUUUAAGAAUGGUGAGCUGAUUUACGGCUGCAAAGAUGCCCGGAGCCCCGUGGCUGACUGGAGCGAGCUUGCACACCACCUGAAGCCGUUCUUCUUCCCUUCCAAUGGCCUGGCCAGUGGGCCCCACUGCACAAGGGCUGUGAUCAGGGAGCUGGUGCAUGUGAUCACACGGGUGCUACUGAGUGGCUCCGACAAGGGCUGGGCAGGCACCCUGAGUCCGGAGCUCGGGCCUCAGGGCCCGCGAGUCUGCGAAGCCAGCCCUUUCAGCAGGAGCCUUCGCUGCCAAGGAAAAAACACCCCAGAGCGCUCGGGGUUACCGAAGGGCUGUCUUCUGUACAAAACCCUCCAGGUGCAGAUGUUGGACCUGCUGGACAUUGAAGGCCUCUACCCUCUGUACAACCGGGUUGAGCGAUACUUGGAAGAGUUUCCCGAGGAGAGAAAAACCUUACAAAUAGAUGGGCCUUAUGAUGAAGCAUUUUACCAGAAGCUGCUUGACCUUUCCACUGAGGAUGACGGGACAGUGGCCUUUGCGUUAACGAAGGUGCAGCAGUACCGUGUCGCCAUGACUGCCAAGGACUGCUCCAUCAUGAUUGCGCUGUCCCCCUGUCUGCAGGAUGCCAGGGCAAAUAAUCAUAUCUCGUUAUAAGCACAUGACUUCUGAUGUUAAAACCACAAAACUAAGCCCUGAGAGGCAAAAUACAAAGGACUGAAGAUAAAAUUUGCGCCAGAUCUCUUCAAAUGUGAACCAAAGGAGCUUGCGUUUCUCAGCAGACAGGAGAGGCACAGAAGGAGAAGGCUUGUCGACAUUUCAUCCAUUUGGCGCUGGAAUGGCCAGAUCUACUUUUUAUUUUUUCUUGGGUUUUGUAAUACUUGGCUCAUGAUAAAGUGAUUUUUCAGCGUUCGUUUAUACCACUGGGCUGGGGGAACAUCGCUCACAUGUUCCACAUAAUUACUUUUCCAUCUUUCAGUCCUUUAACCCUCUCUCACCUGGUAUGGUGGGGUGCACUGGCCCGAGGAAGCUUUGCAUGCUGGUGCACACAGCUGGCACAGACAGCUGUCACACGCACAGAUCACAGAUGCACAGAAUGAGUGCUCUUUGUGAGCUGGGGUGUGAGGCCAUUCACUUCUCUUUUAAAAGAGAUUGAUUCAUCUAACUUUGCAGAAGUCACAGAAAAAAUAUAAUAAAAACAUACUAGUUGAAAGAAGGAAGGGAGAGAGAACGGGAGGGAGGGAAAUGAAUGGGAGGCUUGUGUAUCCUGAAAUGGUAUUUUUUACUUGCAGCUCUGAUCAAAGGCCUGUCAUCCCUUCAUCGAGGUCCAGGUUUGCCUUCUCCGUGUCUGUGCUGGACCUUGACCUCAAGCCCUACGAGAGCAUUCCCCAUCAGUAUAAACUGGACGGCAAGAUCGUCAACUAUUAUUCAAAGACUGUACGUGCCAAAGACAACGCCGUGAUGUCGACUCGGUUCAAGGAAAGCGAAGAUUGCACAUUAGUUCUCCACAAGGUCUAACUAACUCUUUCCCUGCAGUGUCUUUGAAACUUGAACAUAGAAUGUGAAGGUUGAAUGAUUGAUAGAGCUGUUUUCUGUUGUGUUGGGUGACCUUUGGUUGUGAAUGUUUUUGCUUUUAACCCCUUUUGAGGUGGGAUUGCCUCUUGGAGACAUGGAAUUGAAGAGCACUAGAAACAUCUUCCUGGUCAAGGAAUGUAGGACGUGAGUGCUGUGUCCCAGGAAGCUGCUCACACUCUUAAAAUGGAAGUGUCCGUUAAGCCCUGGGAAGACCUUCUGGAUAGUUCUUCCUUCCCAACCAGGGCUCAUGUCUGAUUCUCUAAUGCGAAAAGCCUUAUUCUAAGACCCAAGGUUUGGAUCUGCUACCAUCAGAGUCCUAACAUAGAAAACUUGAAUUGUCACAUACAUUUUACAGUUUGGACUUUUAAGAAAACAUGGAUACUACUGGAACUUUCCCCAGCUGAGUUACAUGGUCACUUUUUCAGUGCAAACCACAUAUCAACACAGGUUUUUAGGUGGUUCCCUGCUGCAGAGCGUGACCUCGUGGUCAUGCAGAUGCCGGUUCUGAGCAGUGUAGACUCAGGGUCCCUGUGGAGGUGCUGAAGCCCACAGUUCCACACAGGGCAGCAGGGAGCGCAAGACUCAGGUCAGGAUGGACACCACUCAUGCGAGCAUUGACCUUUUUUUUUUUUUGCUUUACAAUUUAAUCUUUCACAUGCGGGGGAGAUGAGCGGUUCUUUCCCACUAAAAAUUGCUGCUGUAGAAGUUGGAGGUGGAGCUGUGACUGGCUGAGCUGCUAUGGCCGGGCUGGGCAGUGUGCCCCAACAGCUCAGUGCUUUCCUGACACUCCAGUGUCUAGGGUGGUUGAGGAGCGAGUUCUCUCUUCCUCCCGGACCGAGUUCCUCCCUCGGGUUUGCCUUGAGACGUGUUGCGUUUUUGGGCCCCGUGGCCUCUCCCUGCCAGGCUGCCACAGGCCCUGCUUCUGGAAGGUGAACAGCUCCUGGCUGCUGCCGAGAGGGUUCUCGUUGGGGUCACCAAAGUGUGCCCGGCUGCUAUGAAAAACAUUGGGAAUCUUGGUUUCAGUUUUUUAUUCUAUGCUAGGUUGUACAGACUUAUUUAUAUCAUCGUUUUGAGGGACUAAUGGAGGCUUAUUGUAACAUAUAAUAUUAGUGAAACCAUGGAAUUAUAUGAAAAUGAUACAUGAGAAAUAAGGAAACUAUUUUGCUGAUUGAUUGUAAAUUUUUGUGGGAAAUUUUGUGAUAACUUGAGAAUUAUACUUGUUUGAAUCAAGGCAA